UCAGUCUGUACAGUCGCUGGACCCGACACGCAUAGCUAUAAUAUUAUUACAGCGGCGAUAAUAUAAUAAAUUAUUCGUCGUGCCACUCGCUCGCGAGAUCAUUGUUGACUAUAUAUAUUAUAUCUAACACAUGACUUUGGAAUUUUUUUUGUUGUUUUUCGUGUGUUCGUUUUGGAGGCCGUUUGAAAUUUUUUGGCACGGCCGCCGCCGACCGUUAAUAAUAAUUUAUAGUAUAAAUAAUUAUUGCGAAUCCGCGCUCGUUUGUCGGGUCACGUGAAUCCGACACCGAUCGUGCAGCGAAAUCGCGGUUUCCGAUACUUAUUUUUAUUUUUUAUUUUUUUCGUUUAACGUGCUUUUAUUUUCAAGACGUUUUUUUAUUAGUUUUAUUUAUUAAUUCGAUUUACGUGCCGAUUACAGCAGUCCGUCAUUAAUAUAAUAUUAUUAUCGUCUUGAUUUUCAGCAGAUCACAAUAUUCUCCGAAGUUUUACUUCAAUAUUCAUAUUAUAUUUAUAUAAUAUAUAUUAAUUAUAUUAUAGCAUUUUAUACGACAAUAAUAAUUAUCGUGUUUUAAUUGAUCUGUUGAAUUUAUUUAUAUCAUUUCUGACCGAUGUUUGUGUUUCAGGUGUAUAGAACGGAAAACUGCACGACUUGUUUUUUCAAAUAACCAAGCUGUAUUGUGUAGCUGCCGCUGGCUUUUCGUCGUAUAAUAAAUCACACACACGUUUAUAUACAUAACAUAAUAUUAUAUAUUAUAUAUAUAUAAUAUUAUUAUAUAGUGCACCAAUUCUACACGCUGUCGUACAAUAUUUGUGGAAAUCACUCGCAGAGCAGAUUUGAUAUACAAUUAUUAUUUUAUUCGCUAAACUAUUUAUUAUUACUAUUAUUAUUAUUUUAAGCUAUUAUUUAUCGUAUUCGUAGUUGUUUUUCAUUUUAUACAUAUUAUUAUUAAUAUUAUUGUUUAGUUUCGUAUUUAUUUAAUAGCGAUUAACAUUCGUCUGGAACACGGUUCACACGCCGUUACUCGUAGGUCUUAUGUUUUUUCAACGAAAACGUUUUGUUUCUGAUUCAGCUGCUGUAUAAUCAGCGGUCUUGGCGAUGGCAGACCAACAGCAGGAACAGUACGAGGAGCAGCACAGACGGUGGUACGCCGAGUGGGUCCGCAAGCAGUACGACGGGCCGGGUUGCCGAGCCAAGAUAGUCGGCCGGGCCAAGUAUGAGCAAAUUGUGCGCGCAGUCAGGGGCGAGUUGCGGCGCGCGGCGGACAACUCAAAGUUCCGGUUCUGGGUGCGGGCCAAGGGGUUCCGGAUGGGAAGACCGACGUCGUCGGGCACGGCGGCACAAGCGGACGACUCGGACGUUUUGUAUGUGGUGGACACCAGGAACGGCGGUACGACGGUCGCGGCAACGAUGCAGACGGGUAGCGGGUCCAGGCAGCAGCAACAGCAGCAGCACUUUAGCUACAAGAAGGUGGCCGUGGUCGACGAGUUCUUCGACAUAAUAUACAGAGUGCACUGCAGCGGAGGAGGUGUUUCGGCGCGACACUCGGGACAAAAGCGUACACACCGGAUGAUUAUGGAAACAUACGCUUUUUUACCAAGGGAGGCAGUGACUGCGUUUUUAAUGGGAUGUCCUCAGUGCAGUACUAGUAACCCUACAUCGGCGCCUACCGUCGACGCAUCGGUUGAAAGUGCACACCAGACUCCACUUGCCGUUACCAACGUUGAAUUUUUUCACUGCGCUAACGUAGAGCAAUGGUCGUCAUCGAAGUUCGCAUGUUCCACUCCGGUGAAACAGAAUGAGGAAAACAGCAGUGCCACAAAACCUAAUUCUGCUGGUGGUACGCACUCAAUUGUCACACCUGAAAUAGCCAUGGGGGCUGACAAGGAGAACGUUACGAAUAACGAAUAUCAAAUAGCUGUGGUGGCAACAACGAAGCGUGGUAAUAAACGUAAACGCACGGUUCCGUUGAAGCGUAACGUUCGACAGCCUUGCCAAGUCAUAGAAGUCCCCACCGCCGCUACUUCUACACCUGGUAACUCGAGCUCGGGCAGUAGCACUUUGAAAAAUAGUAGCAAUAGCAGCUGCACGCUAAUAUUGUCGUCAUCGUCAUCGUCGUUGUCGUCCCGUACGGAAACGGGCAGUGGAGUCAGUAGAUCGAGUGGUGGUUGGUGGUCGAAAUGGGGAGUGUGCAGUAACGGCAGCAGAUUAAGCGUGAGUGUGGGUGGUAGUGAUUUUAGUAGUGUCAACAGUAACAUGCAACCAUUAGACUUAUCUUCGUCACCACUAUUAACAGUUUCCCCUAGGCAAACGACUAUCCGAUCGUCGUCAUCUCCGUCCGUUGUCGCAGAUGAUUUUUUUUACAAACGUAAACGCGUAAGGCGUCGACGUAUUCGGCCAAAACGUUUGAACCGGUCGUCAUUAGGACGUCGUGGAAGUAAUUAUGGAGAGGGUGACACGUCGAUGAGUGAUCGUGAUUGUGAUUAUGAGGUGGUUAGAAAUAGUUAUAGAGACAGUGGUAAUGAUGAUGUUAGUAUUUGUGUUAACGAAGAGGCUGAUGGAAGUAUUAUAGACGAACAACAUAACGCAAUGAUAGUAGAAAAAGUUGGAGGGGGAGAGAUAGAUGAGGAAUAUGAAGGUCCUAAACCGGCUAAAAUACAAAAAAGACUGGGUGAAGGAAUGGGUGAUCGUAAAAAUAACAAUAACGAUGACGAUUUCUAUGAUAAAGCGGCAUCUGUGGUGACGGUGGCUGUAAAAACAACGGUGGCGGAUAUAAACUGUUGUGAUGGUGACAAUGGUCAAAUAAUUGCCGAGGACGCUUUAUCGAGGAACAUCGUGAUGGAAGGAUUACCGGAAGUACAAGAAGAAUUCACUGAAAUCGACAGAACUGAAGUGAACGAAUCAGACGAAAACCAGGAAAAGAGUGCAGCAUUGCAUUCACCUAUAAACAAACGGAUUAAUGGCACUGGCCACCAUCCUUAUAAUAUGCAUCACACAUCCAGGAGUAUUAUGAAUGGCCUUGCAACGUCUUCAUCACCAUCUUCACUAUCGAAGUCGUUAGACACAAUUACUACCAGCAGUAACAGUCACCAUAAUUUCCACCGGCAUUGGUUAGACAUGGCAAACGAUUCUGUCAAUAACAGUAAUAUGAUGGACGUGGACGGAUCGGCGGAUGACAACUCGAUGGCAGCAGCCGCAGCAGCAGCUGCUGCUGCUCUGCUAUUUAGCCCUCCAUCGUCAGUCGGCAGUGGUAUAUCACCCGGUGGACCAUUGUCAUCCUUACACCCCAACUCGCAUCUCGCACAUCACCACGCUUUGUCACCACUAGCACCACUCGCACUGCCGCCUCAUUCGGCUGCGGGUAUCGGGUUGACACCUGCGCAUCACCAUCAUCACCAACACAUCCAACAGCAACUACAGCAGUAUGCAGCGGCCGCUGUUGCCGCAGCCACCGCAGCAGCCGCGGCCGCAGCUGCAGCAUCUUCGGCUGGUGAUUCGACAUCACCGCCUCCAAAUUUGCCACUAUCUUUGCCUCCAAUGGCGCAUCACUACAACCAAAACAAUAACAUCAGUGGUACAAAUAAACGUCGCAGUACCAGUGGUACAGGAUUGACGGUACAACAACAACUUUAUCGCAGAAGUGGUACUCCUACGUCCUCCACUACGUCAUCGCCUUCACCAAGACUAUUGAAUUCCAAAAAUGACGCUGAUACAACUACAAGUAAUACUGGUUUGCAUGAAAACAGCAGCUUUUCGACAUCUGGACUCCCAACAACUACGACAACUGUACUCUGGCCACCUUUGGGCCUUCUCACUGCAGCACAUCAGCAACAUCAUCACAGUAUGUCAUCACCUCCAAAAUUUCAGCAACUAUUUGGUUCGUCAGUUAACUCUCUGGCCACAGUUACAGCUGGAUCACAAGUCCUACCAUCAUUGCCACCACCACCAAUUUCAUCGCCUUCAUCUUCAUAUCGACUUCCAUCCAAAGAAACAAAUGGUAUGACAGUGACUACUACUAACGGUAUUGUUACUGGAAACGAUGUUGGAAUUGGAACUGGUACUGAGAAUGCAAUGAACGCAGACGAAGAUGACACGGCAAUUGAUGAUGAGGAAGAUGAAGAAGACGAAGAAGACGAAGAAGAAGAAGAAGAGGACCUUGAUGAUGAUGAUAUCGAGGAAGGUGAAGAAGAUGCUGAUGAAGAAGAAGGAGAAAGGAAUGCAGAUGGUGGUGAUGGAAAUAGUGCACAAACUCGGCGAUUACGCAGGCAACAAGUCAGACGUUUACGACAACUACAGCGUGCUGCCAAUGGAAAUAAUAAUGCGAAUGAUGGCACUGAUUCUGGCAUUACUACAAGCUACCGCCAACACUGGCAACAGCCUUCAACUACCACAACUUCUGCUAGCUCUAUAUCACAGCAGCAACAUCAACAUUCCGUUGGAUCAUCUUCUCAGCAUCAUAUAGAUCCGGAACGUUUAAAAGCAUUCAACAUGUUCGUCCGGUUGUUUGUGGAUGAAAAUUUAGAUAGACAAGUGCCUAUCAGCAGACAACCUAAAGAUAAGGUACAGGCAAUUAUUGACUCGUGUGGACGACAGUUUCCUGAACUUUCAGAUAGGUCGCGUAAGCGUAUCAGAACCUAUUUGAAAUCAUGUCGUCGUAAUAAGCGAAACACGCCACAAUCCGGAGGCGUUGUUUCGUCGUCACCUCCUCCACCCACUAAUCCAUGGCCAGCAAAUAGUUCCUCUUCUGAUCCAACAGUGCAACCGCAGAGACCCACUCCAGCGCAUUUAACAAGUGCCCAGGCUGAAACUAUACUAGCAGUGGCUUGUCAACGAGAGUCGGAUAAUGCCCGACGAAUGCGCCUUGGACUUGAACCCGUUGCACAGCCUUAUCCAUAUUCGGUUGCUUCAACAUCGGCAUCUAAUGUAUUUCAACAACCUUCUGGUACUCUACUAUUAAACCAAAAUGGAAGUGGUGGUGCCACAUUGCAAAUGUCAUCGACAUCAUCGGACGAAGACGCCGGUGUAGGUGACAGCAGUUUUGAAAAAACGUCCUCUAAUGCCAUAGAAGCUGACACAGAGCAUCGCAAUGGAAAUGACGAAGCAGAAAACCGCGAUGGUUGCGACCGUCGAGAAGUUAACGAAUCAGUUGAAGGAGGUUCCGGUGGUGAUUCGGUAAACAUUAACACUGUUAAUGACGAAUUGAACUUGUCAAAUGUGACUGGUGGAGCUAGUGUUACAUCUUCAUCUCCUAAUAAUAACGAAACAGCUGGACCGACCGACCUGAGUGUUAAUAAAUCUUCUUCUGCUACCACCCACAAUAUGGGUACUAGUACUAUGGCUCCUAUUCCUCCACCACCAACAGGAGGUGGAUACAUGAGCGGUGCUGGUUUUAGAGGUCUCUCCACAUCGACAUCAACUACGACAGUCAACCACCGUCGAGUCAGCAGUAACAACUCGUCCUCGGCUACUGGUAUGCUGCAACUAUUUCCAACCAUGAACACGACACCCAGUAUCUCCAGUGGCAAUACACCCACGCUUCCAAUUCAACCAUCGAUGCUUAAUCAAACUACACCACCAGUGCAACCGAGCAGUAAACUUUUGAACAAAGCUGACGUGGUAACUGUAAGGCAACUCAUUGCUGGCUACAGAGAAUCAGCGGCUUUCCUAUUGCGUUCUGCUGAUGAAUUAGAACACCUUUUGUUAUUACGAGGAUAAUUCCGAUUACAAAAAAUUGUAGAAUAGUCAAAAAACGUGUUAAUUUUUUUUUUUUUUUUUUAAUAUCUCUGUUUUUGUGUAAAGUACAAACAUUUUUUUAACUAAUUUGUGAUUUUUAUUAUUAUUAUUUUUUUUGUGUUUGUGUGUGUUUGUGUGAGUGCAAAGCACAAUCGAAAUUCCAUUGCUGUACGUAGUGUACGAUUUGUUAUUGCCUCUUCAUUAAUUAAAAUAUUAAUGAAGAGGAGGAUGACAUAGAGUGUACCUACGACACACAAUAGGAUUUUUGAUAUGCGCUAAUCAUAUUAUAUUGUUAUUGGAGUAAAAAAUAAACGUAACAUAUUAUAUUAUAGUAUUAUGACUACUAUUAUAUAUUAUAUUAUAUAUUAUUAUUAUUAUUAUUAUUAUUAUUAUUAUUAUUAUGAUUAUUAUGAUUAUUAUGAUUAUUAUGAUUAUUAUUAUUAUAUCAUUAUCAAAAUAAAAGUAUUGGAAAAUAUAAUGAAUUUGAUUUAUUCAAAACUUUAAUUACUGUUAUUUGUUAUUAUAUAACUUAUAAGUUAAACCUGUAAAAUUACGAACUAACAUUGGGAAUAAAUUAGUUAAUAUGUUAUAAAAAUUAUCUAUAUAUAAGCAGUUUAAAGAUUCUCUUAGGUAUCCAGUAAGUAAUAGGUAUAGAAUCAUAAUUGUUUAAUAUGUUUAUAAAUCACCAAAUAAUAUUAUAAUAUAGGUACACAGUUUGAUGAAAUUAAUUUAUUCAUGUAUAAGUUUGUUAAGUGUAUUUAUUUUUUUUUCAUAUUUUUAAUCAAAUAGGUAGGUACUCGAGUGCUAUAGACAUUUCAUCCCUUUAGUUUUAUACUUAACGUCUGUUUGUAAGUAUUCUAUGCAUUUUUUAAUACUAUAAUAAUGUUGUUCAAUUCAAGAAUCGUUCAAUAAAUCUCUUUUAAAAUCCAAACCAUUAUUUAUUUUUAUUAUACAUUUUAUCUUCUUUGAUUUAAAGUUGUAACAAUUUUUUGGAUUAUAUCCAAAAGUAAAAUUAGAAGUUUCUAAAACACUAAAGUUUUAACGAUUUGAUUUCUUAUGUUUAACGUACCUUUAUACACAUUGGACUUAUUAGAAUAUUUUAUUAAUAUUUUUAUUGACAUUUAAAAACAGAUUUUUGUAAUUUAUUAAUAUAAUAACAUUUUUAGUAGCUAUUUAAACAUUUUUUUUAAAUUUAAUACACUAAUACUCUGAUCAUUCUUUUUUUUAUUUAAAAAAAUGUCAUAUCUAUUUUAUUUGAUAUUUUAUAUUAAGAUUGCCACUAACUUUAAUAUAAUAAUAUAUAUUCUAAGAAUACUUCAUAUUAAAACCAUCUGGAAUUUUCUUUUUUGAUUACAUUCAAACUCAUUUAUUUUUAUAUUUCAGUAUAAACACAACAUUUUUAUAAGCCAUAGAUAAACUUGGUAAUAGCUGAAUAUAUUUAUAAUAUGUAUAAAAUGUUCCUCAAACUGUGUUAUAUUUUUUAGAUAACUCGUAUCUAAUUAAAAUAUAUUUGAUUCGACAUUUUGUAAAUUUUAAAUUAAAAGAAACAAUAUUUGUUCAUUACAUAUAAAACUGUAUAGAUAUAAUUAUCUUCAGAUGAUUUAAUACUAUAAAUAUUAAAUUGUAAUUAUUUAAUACACUUAAUUAUGAAAUAACUGUAAAUCUUCACAUUGAACAUAAAUCAUAAUAUGCAAAUAUACCUAAUUGAAAUUUUAUAGAUUGCUAUUUUUUUAAAUAAUUUAUUCUUUAAGUUAAUCUGAUUAUCUUAAUAGAUACGUUCAUAAAUUAAUAAUUAACUAAAAAUGCAUAUUUAUACAAACAAACUUCAGAGUUGUCUUAAUGAUUAACAAAUGUAAAAUUUGAAACCAAAAUAUCAAUUAGGUACUUACUUAUUAUUUAAUUUAAUUGAUAUUUCCAUAUUUUCCAUUAGUAUAAAUAAGUAGGUAUUUAUAUUAUAACUACAAUAUGUAUUAAUUUAUUAUAUUUAUGUAUUAUCUCUACUGGUAUUUUUUUUUUUUAUGUUCAAUAGACAUCUUAUUAUUUGAAAAUAUUCAUUGAUUUAUUGACUUUUUUUAAGUUUAAUUUUAAAAUUUUGAAUAAAUAAUAAGAAUAAUCUUGAAU